AUGAAGGAAGCUCCCUCAUUCGACAAGGACUCCCAAGUCUCAAAACUUGAUGAUACGACAUUCGCUGCCAAUCUGACCAAGGCAUUCUGCGUUGGAACAGUCCCCAAUGGCGGCUACGUCGCAUCCAUUUUCCUCCGAGUCGCAAGCGCAUACCUAAGCCCACGCAACCAACCCGACCCCAUCGCGGCCCACUGGCAGUUCCUCAAUGCGACGCAUGAAGGGCCCGCGAUCCUCGUGGUAGAGAACACCAAGCCGGGACGAGGAGUAUCUGUCAUCCACAUCACACUGUACCAAGGCGGGCUUCUGCCACAGGCCCCGUGGGUGUCACCACAGUCCAAGAAGCGAGCGGUGGCUUACAUUACGAACUCGCUGCUUGCGGGCGAGAAUGGCAUCACGUUCGCAACAGGAUUCGAUGUCAAGGAUCCGCCUCCGCCGGUCAAUUUGAAGCAGCUGGACAAGGGCAGUGACGCCAAUUGGGAGCGGCUGCACAUGGCGAUUAUGGAUUACGUCCCAAUUCUCAACAAUCUUGAAUUCUACUCUCCCAAAGGCUGCACAUUUCGCCCAGCCACUUACGACUUCUGGGUUCGGAUGGCCAACGUCGAGGGCUUCACAAAUGCCGCGCUAGGGUAUUUAUCAGAUGCCGGGCCGCCUCUACUCGUGGAAACGUUUCGACCAUCGGGUCCAGAAUCAGCCAUCCCCGAGGGGGGCUUUGCGUUUGACAAGAGGUUUUGGUACCCGACGGUGACGAUGAGUCUCGACGUCAAGAAGGCGCUCCCGGUGGAAGGGGAGGAAUGGCUGCGGAUGCGGGUGGCGGCCAAGGUGUUGAAGAAUGGACGGUACGAUGCCGAGGUGAUUUUGUUUGAUUGCAAUGGGGAGGUUGUGGCGUUGAGUAACCAUGUUGCGCUGGCUGUUGAUGUCGAGAGGAAUUACUCGAGGAAAGACAAGUUGUAG